AUCAUAUGUGAUGUUCCAUUUCACAUCUCAUAAACCCUAGAAAAAAAAGUUGAUAUCUCUGUAAACCCUCCCUAGAAGAAGAAUCAAUCAUCAAAAUCAAAAUGUCAGACAACAUUCCCAUGGAACUCCAACAGCUAAUCAUCAACAAGCUUCCGGUGGAACCCUUGAUUCGAUUCCGAUCGGUUUGCAAAGCGUGGAAGUCACUGAUCGACAGUUCCGAUUUCAUUCUUCAUCAUAUCACCCAACAUCAACAUCUGCUCGUAAGGUAUCAAGACGCUGUUAAUAUCGGGGGAAAAUAUGUUUCAAUUCCUGACAAUGAUACUGAUACUUUCCCCCAAAAUACGGUUUCUGUGACUGUUCCCCAAUUGGUAGUUAAUAUGCGUAAACAUGAAAUAACAAUUGACAGCUCCCACGGAUUAUUGUGUUUGUUCGGUUAUUUCGACGGGAAAGCGGUUAUUUGGAAUCCUUCAAUUAGGAAAGCGGUUGAUGUUGCUCUGCAUCUGUUUGAUAGGGAUGUUGAAGAGAUAUCUGCAUACUUUUUAGGGUUUGGGGUUUGUCAGAAGACUAGGGACCUGAAGAUUUUUAAGAUUACGAUAGAAGGUAUGGAAGGUGUGGUCCCAUGGCAGGUUGAGGUGUUUACGUUAAGCACGAGGGUUUGGAGAAGUGCGUAUAGCAGCAAUGUACAGAGUAAGUUUGUUAUUGGUGGGGAACAGGUGGUUGUCGAUGGAGUUGUUUAUUGGCGUGUUAACGGGGAUGUUAGUGAUAGGGCCGAUGGUGAAGGUGGGUAUGGGAAUUUUAUUGUUUCGUUUGAUCUGACAAGUGAAGAAUUUGGAGAACUGAAGCUUCCGGAUAGAUUAGCCAAUACUCGUUGUAGUUUGUGUAUGUUUAAGUCGGAGUCACUUGCUGUGAUUGAAGCCGGUUUAGAGGACUAUACAUGGGUUUCCCAUGUAUGGGUGAUGAAGGAUGGUGUUUCAAAGUUGUUUGAAAAGCUCUUCACUAUCAGUGGUCACUCACCAAAGAUGGAUCAUUGGAUUCUGUAAGGGGCUUUAGGAAGACCGGUGAAGCUUUAGUCGAAUUGCAAGCUCAUCCUGGUUCCAUUAGAACACUUGCUGCUUAUGAACCCUACUCUAAAGCCAUCAAUAAUCUUGGAGUUAGUGGAAGGGAUAUUUCUGUGUAUUCCUACACGGAAACACUACUUCUGCUUGAUCAGCCCGAUAUUACAAAUUAGGAAAAAGGUAUUUGGUGAAAAUAGCAUUUGAGGAAUUUGGGAAGUUGUUCAUCUCUGAUCAGCAUAAUAGUGUGUCUCGUGUGGCGAAGUAGAUAUAUAAAUAUAUAUUAGUAUAGGGCAUGGGUGUGUGUCGGUUAAGAAAGAGCUUCAAGUGUAUUUGGAUUAUGAUAUCGGGUGGAUUUGUAAAGAUGAUCGGAAUAGCACAGGGUCUUAUUAAAAAGUUGUGUUUCAAAACCAUGAGUUUGGGUUUUAUAGAACAUGGACAUGGGUGUAUGGCCGUAUGGGACGUGUGUUGGAGACGUGCAUGGGACACGUAUCGGUCUGUAUGAUUAUCAAGUAUUGGAUUGGAUCGGACUGGAUCAUCAAUUAAUGUUUGGUUUGUAGGGAAUUGGAAUCCUGUACUAAUGUUUGGUUUGUAGGGAAUUGGAAUGCAGUACUUGAACUAAGGGGAUA